GGAUAGUCUCUAAGGUUUAUUUAAACAAAAUAAUAUACUUUUUUCUGCAUUUGGUUUAACAGACCUUGUCAAAUAAUGCUGAUCUGCCAAGCUUUGCACUCAACAGAGUGCCUCACCUAUCACUUAUUUAAUAAACAAACUGCCGGAUUGAAUUUUUAUCAUCCACACAAAAAUUCGGCUUUUAUCUUUGGUCCAUUCACGAAGACCCCUGCUGACCCUGCUCGUAAAACAAACUGCGCAUCCCUGACCGAGGUCAGAGUAGCCGAAGAUGUCGGAGGAGAAGAGAUCAACACGUGGGAGAAAACGAUCUUUAACAGAUUCAGCAAGAAAACGAAACAGAAGUUUGGUUGUGUCAAAAUAUAAUCAAGGAAGAAUAGCUAUAGGUGGUCAGUAUGAUCGUUGGAUGGAAUUAAAAGAGACGCUGCAGCUUAAAACUCAUGCUGAUGUAGCAGAGUACCUGCUUGAUCGGAAUGAAACCUUGACAUUUGAAAGUUCUCCCAAGAAGGUGAAAACUGCAUUAAGUGCAGUAACAUCAACACCGGGACAUGCAGCUACAAUUUUCCCACCCAAAUUUUCAGAUGUUUCUGAAAUAUCUUCAGAUCUGGACAAGGGGGACAGAAAUUCAAAUUUAUCUGGUAUAGAGCAGUUUGUAAAAACUGAUAUGAAAACAAAAACUCCAAGCAGUUUCUUGAAUCCUUUAGAUCUCUCAAUCUGCUUAUCAGAAAACUACACCAACGAGGACUCGGAGGAUUCAUCAGAUGAAGAUUAUGAGCCUAGUUACAUAAUGACGAUUAGAGAGGACACUCAGACUGAAGCCAUGGUUGAGGACUCAGAGAACGAGGAUAGCUGUGAUGAGGAAUCAAAUGAUAAUCUACGCCCGGGGAUUGCCAAAAUUUUAACUCAAGAGGAAAUUGAGGGCUGUAAGGAAGAUCAUCCUUUCAUUGUUUACCUCUCUCAGUUACUAACAUUAGCUGAAUUAUGUGUCCUGCCAAACUGUCAGCUUAAAGGAUGCAAAAAACCAGUGCAUUUGGAGAAAGCUGUUGUUGGGUCAGCACUCUAUUUAAAAUGGAAUUGUUCUGAUGGACAUCAAGCACAGCAGUGGUGCUCACAGCCUGUCUUAAACAGAGGAAUGCAUUUAGGGGAUUUGACACUCUCCUCUUCCAUCUUACUCUCUGGAAGCAAUUUUCAGAAAGUGUCAAUGAUGGCCAAAUUUAUGAAAUUACCGAUUGUGAGCAAAAACUCAUUUUAUAAAAUGCAAAGAACGUACUUGAUUCCAGCAGUGGAUGAAUUUUGGACAGAACAUCAGGAAACUGUGUUUAACCAGUUUCAAGGAAGAGAUGUAACAAUACUUGGAGAUGGCAGAAUGGAUAGCCCCGGUCACACUGCUCAAUAUUGCUCCUAUACAUUCAUGGAGUAUGACACCAAGACCAUUUUGCACAUAAUUACUAUGGACAAGCGAGUGACAGAGAAAAAAAGCACAAAUCUUGAGAAAGCUUGCUUUGUCCAGGGCUUGAGAUAUCUUCUGGACAAGGGACUUCAUAUUAGUGAAGUUGUUACAGAUGCUCAUGUUCAAGUUGCCUCAGUAAUGAAAAAAGACUUCCCAGACAUAAGACAUUCUUUUGAUAUUUGGCAUGGGACGAAAAACUUAGGCAAGAAAAUCAUCAAGGCAGGUCAGCAGAAAAACCAAAAAGAUAUCCUAUCAUGGACAAAAGAUGUUGUCAACCAUUACUGGUACACAGCUACCAUCUCAAACACAAAGGAGGAGUUUAUUGGGAAUUGGAUAGGAAUCCUCCAUCACACAGUUAAUGUUCACACAUGGGUUUUGCCCUAUAGUGACAUUAACGAAUGCAACCAUGGACCACUGACUGAAGAACGAACAAAAGGGUGGUUAGAAAAGGAUUCUCCAGCUCAUGUGGCUCUUCGGGAAAUUGUGUUAGACAAACGUCUCCAGAACAAUGUGACCUACUAUCUUAACUGCAGGAGCACAGCAGAACUUGAGAAUUUCCAGAACGUAGUGAAUGCAUAUGCAUCCAAGCGUCACUCCUACAACCCACCUUCAUAUAGGUGCAGGAAUCGACUUGCUGCCUUGGACCAUAACCACCAUAUAAAUAGAAACGUUCUUGUCAAGAAAGAUGGAGCAACACAAUAUCAGAGGAGCUAUAACAAAAAAAGUGGAAGAUGGGCAGUUCAUCCUGUGAAAGAGAAGAAAGCAUUUUCAUAUAUCCCAUCUCUGCAAGAGAAGAUUCUAUUGUCAAGAGUGUCGGAUGAAGUAGGGAUGAACCAACCCGUGGUGCUGGAGGCAGAUGAUCCAAGAAGGUUGUCAUCCCAUCUGGCUCCACUCCCACCCCCUCCAACUGAACAGCUUGUUGUAGAGCAGAAGUCAAGGUUUCUAAAACAAGAAAGAGACAAUUGA